UCUUUUCUAUUUCCUUCAAACCUUUAUUUUCAUGCCAACCCAAUGCCACAAUUCCUAUAUAAAUCAGUGCCGAUUGGGCAUUCAAAGCACCUCACAGACUCAACAAAAAACUUCAAAGUAGCCUUUCACUUGCAAAAACCCUAGCUGUACAUCUUUUGGCAUUGUUUCCAUUUUAGCAAUGGAAAGUGUGAAAAUUUUGGCAUCGGAGAGGCCGGUGGUGAUCUUCAGUAAGAGUUCUUGCUGCAUGUGCCACACCAUCAAGACCCUUUUCUAUGACUUUGGGGUGAACCCUGCAGUCCACGAGCUCGAUGAGAUCCCUAGAGGACGUGAUAUUGAACAAGCUCUCUCGAGGCUCGGUUGCAGCCCUUCCAUUCCAGCCGUGUUCAUUGGUGGUGAACUUGUUGGUGGUGCCAAUGAGGUCAUGAGUCUUCAUCUUAAUCGAUCCUUAAUCCCAAUGCUUAGACGAGUUGGAGCUCUUUGGGUUUAAUCCAUAAAAUCCACUAACUUGCAUGUCGGAGCACCAAUAAACAUGUGAUUAUAUAUACUAGAUAAUCACAUUUAGAUCCAUAAGAGCAUAGGCUUCAAGUCUAAUUAACACUAUAAUGUAUCCAACAUACCUACUUUAUAUGGUCUUACUAAUUUAUGAGUCUACUUAGCAUGUAUGUCAUCUUUUUGGUAAUGUACUAAUAUGUUUUUUUGAGAAAUAAAAGU